AUGAGAAGACCAUUCGAGAGACAAGACAUUCUGGAAUUGCCGACUGGAUGGUGGGGAAUCCUGGCCUCCCCACUAACCUCAGCUCGACUCACUCGUCUCCUCCUUCUCGGCUCUGAUCAUAGUCCCGGCAGCUUCUUUCCGAAUGCAUACAGGCCGGCAAUCAGACUGGCCGCCCGACGUGAGGAUGGGCAAGGCCGGACACUCGUUGACUCGUAA